GGAGUGUGUGUGUGUAUCAUGACAAUCUGAAAAUGGCGGAUGAAAGCGGAUUGAUUUAACUUUAUCGUACAAAAAUAAUAAUAUCAAGUAAAGAAAGACACUAUUACACAGGAUGAAUUUGCAGUCCAACGGGAAUUUUUAAGGCUAUUUCCACAGAGCGACUCGACACUAUCGGCUAGUAGAAGGCUAGAGCAUGGAAGAGAAGAGUUCCCGUUAUAGCAAACGCCUGCGGACUGGCACGCGACGGCGUUACCAAGAUGAUGGCAUUUCAGACGAUGAAAUCGAAGGGAAGAGGUCCUUUGACCUUGAAGAGAAGCUCCAAAGUGACCGAUACAACUCGGAUCUGGUCAAAAUUAUGGAUGGGAAAGACUUCACCUUGGAAUACAUCCAACGGGAGGGACUCCGGGACCCCAUUAUCUUCAAGAAAGCAGAUGGUCUUGGCAUAAAGAUGCCUGACCCAGACUUUAGUGUCAGUGAUGUGAAAUUGUUUGUGGGCAGUCGCAGGAUGGUUGAUGUGAUGGAUGUGAACACUCAAAAAGGCAUUGAGAUGUCAAUGGGGCAGUGGAGGAGAUACUACGAGACGCCGCCUUCUGAACGUGAAAAACUCUACAAUGUGAUCAGCCUGGAGUUCAGUCACACAAAACUAGAACAUCUAGUCAAGAGACCUACCUCGGUUGAUAUGAUUGACUGGGUGGACAACAUGUGGCCACGGCAUCUUAAAGAAAGACAGCGAGACUCCACCAAUGCCAUUAUAGAAAUGCAGUACCCUAAAGUACAGAAGUAUUGUCUGAUGAGUGUCGAGGGAUGCUUCACAGAUUUCCACAUAGACUUUGGCGGCACAUCAGUCUGGUAUCACAUCCUCAGGGGAACGAAGGUGUUCUGGCUGAUCCCGCCCACACCUCAGAACCUGGAGCUCUAUGAGAACUGGGUGUUGUCAGGGAAACAGGGUGACAUCUUUCUCGGCGAUAAAGCCACGAUGUGCCAACGGAUUGAACUGAAGCAAGGCUACACAUUCAUGAUCCCCUCAGGGUGGAUCCAUGCAGUUUACACUCCAAUGGAUACUCUGGUGUUUGGGGGAAACUUUCUGCACAGCUUUAACAUUCCCAUGCAGCUCAACAUUUACAACAUUGAGGACCGCACACGGGUCCCUGCUAAGUUCCGCUACCCUUUCUACUUUGAGAUGUGCUGGUAUGUGUUGGAGCGUUACUUGUACUGUCUGACCAACACAUCUCACCUCACACCUGAGUUCCAGAAGCACUCACUGGGCAUUGGGCUAAAGAAGGAGGAUGUGAUUAAACAAGGAGGCUUUAAUGGUCAAGAAGAAAAUGUAGUGGAAGAGGAGGAGCAGAUGGUGAAGGAGGAGCCGGAGGAAGAGGCAGCAUCUCCUGCUCGUCCAGGGGUGAAAGUUCACCUGACACCCUUAGAGCUGGAAGGACUUUGGGAAUUACUGCUCAAGUUGGAGGAAUUGCCAGCACACAAGAAAUGUGUUCCAGCAGGCAUCAGAAACGCCCCAGCACUACUCAGUGACAUACGGAAGCUGCUAGAGGAACAUGCCAAUGAUAACCCCAAACUGUCUUACACUGGAAAACCAAUCGUCAAAUGGCCCAAAAGGCCCUCGUGGUAUGAGCCGCCGCCGCUGCCUCUGUCUCUGCUGUACCGCCCGCGUUCUCCCGGCUCAGCCCCCGUGUUGCCGCCAGUUCCUCGACCCGUGAAGCCGUCUUCCUCCAUCUCGGCUCUGAGACGCAGACGUGUGCGCUGCAAACGCUGCGAGGCCUGUCUGCGCACCGAGUGUGGCGACUGCAACUACUGUAGGGACAUGAGGAAGUUUGGAGGACCAGGCAGACUCAAGAAGAGCUGUGUUCUACGUCAGUGUCUUGCACCGGCGCUACCUCUUACUGCAGUAUGUGCCACAUGUAAGGAGGGCUAUCAGGAGUCUAUAGACUCUGAGUCCGUCCAAACGCUCAUGGAAUGCUCCGAAUGCGCUCAGAUCACUCAUCCAGAAUGUAUAAAGGUACAUGUGCCCGGUGAGGGUAUUAUUAAUAAGGACCUUCCCAGUUGUUGGGAAUGUCCAAAAUGUGUCCAGGGCAAGAAAAUAGAGUCUUCCAGUAGUAGUGAGGAGGAGACAGACAGCAGCGUGUCCAACGGCAGUCGCUUGUCUGGUCCUCCAGCUAAGCGGGCAUACAGAGAGGGGAUUGGGGUGGGGGGUCUGCGUAUAGGGCGCAAAGGUCGCCCGCCCCUCUCCCUCUCCUCCCCGCCUCUUACCCGCUCCAGACGACAGCCGCCCCCUUCCCAGAGACUCCUGCUGCAGCACCAGCAGAACAGGAGGAGAGCGGGAGCGCUGGAGUUACAGCUCAGGAAAAGGAUAAAAUUAGAAAGGAAUAAAAUCCUCCAGUCGACCCGUUCGUCUGUCUCUCUUUCUCCAAAGCUCCUGCGUCAGCGGAGUCUGGAGAGAGGGAGUGUAGUCAGAGCGGGACCCGGACGGAGCAUUUCCCGUGGCCGAGGGAUGUCCUCCUGUCGCGGAAGAGGGGUACGACUCCGAGGCGGUGGCCGAGGGGGAGGCCUGAGAGAAAGAAUGGAGAUGGAGGUUGAAAGAGAUGACUCUGUGGAAGAAGAACAGGAGGAUAGGAAAGAGAACGGACAGUAUAAUGGUAAAGAGAACCGUCCUCAGAAACGAGGGGGUAAAACUGGUGAAGACGAGAAUGGAGAAAGCCAUCGAAACGGAGAGAGCGAGGGGAGCAGUGAGGGAGGAGAGGCCACUCCAUCUGACACUUCUAUGGUGCUAAAUGAUGAUGUCGGAGGCCAGGGGUCCUGCGUCACAGUGACAUUACAGCCAUCGAGGGGUAGGCGCGACCCUAGCGCCAUUGUUCCUAAACUGGAAGCCAACUUGUCUCCUAGAAGCCUUCCGCAAAACCACAAAGCCCUGCUCCAUCCCCCACUGCGAAACGGUGCCCCUCGCUCAGACAGUCCUCAUUUGCCUGCAGACAGAUUGCACGUAAACAAAUCACAUGCUCUUUCAUCAUCACCGCACACUCUGACCAGAAGUGCAUCCAAACACUCACACAUGGUGCGGAGUCUGAGAUCAAACUUUAAAGAUUCCCCUCACCGGCUGACUCGAGAGAGAAUUGGGAAAAAGACUCGAUUGGAAAAGGCGAAAUCCUCCGACUCUUGUCCCAGUUCCACCUUGCGGCCCUCAGCGGAGCAGAACGGAGGGAACGAGCCAGGCUGGGAGAGAGAGGUUUGGGUGUCCGUGUUCCGCUACUUGACUCGUGCGGAGCUGUGCGUUUGCAUGGCUGUUUGCAAGAGUUGGUACAAAUGAAAUGUAUCGUGUAUGUUGUACUUUAUUUGUAUAUCCGUGCAUAUUUUUAAAAUAAAUGAUAACAAU